AUCCCACUAAUUUCCACUACUCUACAAAGUACAAACAAUGAUUUUGUUGCAAAAGAUAUGGUCAAUAAUCACAGCAAUAAUCCCAAGCUGGAUUUUAACCAUUCCAUUGUUCCUGUUUCUAAAUAAAAAACAUGAACAAUUAGAUAAACACGCAUUUGUUAACAUGUUUUUACAGGAAAAAUUAUUCAAUAAGGAUGAUAGUAAGGCGAACAUUGGUGGUGAGCUACCAAAGGGGCUCCGGCGAGAGCGAAUGCCGGAGCAUUUGGCCGUCAUAUUGGAUGGAAAUAGGAGGUGGGCAAAGGACAGAGGACUUGCAUCUGUUGAGGGCUAUGAGGCUGCACUUGGGACUUUAGGGGUGUUUCUUCCUUUGUGUCGCAGGUUUAAUAUUCCAAUCCUCUCGCUUUUUUUGUUCUCUUCCGAGAAUUGGCUUCGCCCUAGAGAGGAAGUUGAAUUCUUGUUCGAGCUUUUUGAAGGAGCUUUGAAGUAUUAUCUAAGACGAAAAUGUCGUAGAUUUGGAGGACGAGUUUCAGUGAUUGGAGACACAACUUCACUACCAAAAUCCCUACAAAAAGAAAUUAAACAACUAGAAGAAGAAACUCAAGACAACACUGAAAUUCAUCUUAUAUUAGCAAUAAGUUACAGUGGACAGAAUGACAUACUACAAGCAUGUCAAAGCAUUGCUAUGAAAGUGAAAGAUGGGCUCCUACAACCUGAAGACAUAACCAAAUCUUUGUUCGAGCAACAACUUCAAACAAAGGUAACCAAUGUGCCAUCCCCUGAUUUGCUCAUUCGAACAAGCGGCGAAAUUCGAGUUAGUAACUAUUAUCUAUGGCAAUCAGCUUAUACUGAGAUGUACUUCACAGAUACACUUUGGCCUGAUUUUGGAGAAGAUGAGUUUGUAAAGGCAUUAACAUCGUUUCAGACGAGAGGGAGACGUUUUGGCAAAGUAUAACUAUAAGGUUAUAUAUGGAAUAAUAACCUUUGCAUAAUAACUUGUGUUAGAAUGAUUUAUUUUGAGAUUGGUGAAACUUUUGUAUCUUAAGGGUCACUUGUUAGUCCUUACUCCUUAGGCAUAAUAGAUA